AUGAGACGUUCACCACUACUGUCAGGAGAGGUUGAGAGUCGAACAGAAGUGAUGAGAAGGAAGCUAAGAAACAGAAAGGGGGGGGCCACGCUGGGAUAGUCCCAGGCGCGUGACAAUGUACAUCCCUAAGUCAGCCGCGGGUGAAAUCGCCGGCGCGCCUAAGUCCCCACCGCAAGGGGGCGGGCUAGCGGGCGCGCGCAUGAAUCCGCCGGCGCUGGCGCGCUGAGGCAGUCGCGCGCGUCUAAGUCCCCACCGCCGGGGGCGGGCUAGCAAGUGCGCGCAACGACCGAGGCGCCCCUGUCGAGCUGAGAGUGGACUCUUCACAUAAGGUUCUCCGGCUGCGACGCUCAAUCUACGGUCUCAAGCAGGCCGGUCGCAUCUGGAAUCGUCACAUUGACACAUCACUCAGGAAUCUGGGGUACAAGGCAACAGGCACUGAUCACUGCAUUUACUCUCGCAUUGACGAUCAGCAGCGGCCUCACUAUAUCGCCUUGUAUGUCGACGACCUCCUCAUUGUCAGUCCAGCCCUCGACGAGAUCGAACGUGUCAUCUCCGGCCUUGAACAGCGGUACGGCGUCAAACGACUCGGCCCCGCGGAGUACAUCCUCGGAAUCCAAAUACGCCGCCUGGACGACGGUUCCAUUGCUCUAUCCCAGGAGCGCUACAUCAUGGACGUGCUGUGUGAGGAAUCCACUCUCCGCUCGGCUCAGGACUUAGGCGCGCGGAGCGAACCGGGCGCGGACUUAGGCGCGCGGAGUGAGCCGGGCGCCCCGGCCCAGGACUUAGGCGCGCGAAGCGAGCCUGGGACUUAG